UUCCGCUCCCGGCUGCUCCAGUGCUCCUGUGAUGGUGCAGAGACGAAACACCGGCUGCAGUGCUUCACACGACAGCUAGCCUCCGAGGAGGCAAGUCCCAAUGCCAUGGCCUCCAGCCACGGCUCCUCCCCAGUGCCUCGUCCCGGUGUCGGAGGCCGAGAUGGGAUCUAUCACAAGGAGCGGGAUCCCUCCCCCCCUCGCUGCCGCCGGCCCGUCCGCUCCCUGCCUGACGUCUGCCCCAAGGAGCCCACCGGUGAGGGGCGGGGCCUGUGCGACGGCCCAUCAGUGGUGGCGGAGCAUGACAGGUGGACGGUGUACAGCUCCAAGGUCAACCUGCCCGCCGCGCUGAACGACCCCCGGCUCGCCAAGCGGGAGUCCGACUUCUUCACCAAGACGUGGGGGCUGGACUUCGCGGAGACGGAGGUGAUGCCCUCCUUCUACCUCCCCAACAUCACCAGGGAACACUUCGGGCCCUACCUGCAGGAGACGGCUCAGAGGGAAAAAAUCCACGAGCGCUGCAAGACGAUCUGUCCGAACAAAGACGACGUGGACGCCGUCUCCAGUAUCACCACCAACCACGACAAAUCCAGAGCGGAGCUGGAACAAGUCCCAAAGAUCUUCUUGAAGCCUGACUUUGCUCUGGAGGACCCGGCCACCUUCAACGCCGUCCUGCCCUGGUCGCACUUCAACAGCGCCGGAGGGAAGAGCAGCAGAGACGUGGCCUCCUCCAAGCUGCUGCAGGAGAAGCUGAGUCACUACCUGGACGUGGUGGAGGUGAGCAUCGCCCGGCAGAUCUCGCUGCGCUCCGAGGCGUUCUUUCACGCCAUGUCGUCGCAGCACGAGCUGCAGGACCAGCUGCAGGAGACGCAGCGGGCCGUCGCCGUCCUGCGGGGUCGCACCGCCGACAUGGAUCGCAUCAUGUGCCAGGGGCCCCUGCGGGCCCUCCGCACCGCUCUGGCCCGCAACAACUGCGUGAAGCUGCACAACAAGCUGAAGCUGAUGGCGGCCGUGCACCAGACGCAGCCCACCGUGCAGCUGCUGCUCUCCACCUCCGAGUUCGUCGGAGCGCUGGAGCUCAUCGCCACCACCAAGGAGGUGCUGCAGCAGGAGCUGCAGGGGAUCCACAGCUUCAGACAUCUGGGCUCCCAGCUGUGCGAGCUGGAGAAGCUGAUUGACAAGAUGAUGGUGGAGGACUUCAGCAUGUAUGCGCGGAGCGACCUGAGCCGCUGCCUGAGGGACGAGCCUCAGGUCCUGGAGAAGGUCCACAAACCAAACGCCGUCUCCCAAAAGGAGCGUCUGGAGUCGCUGGUGUUCGGCCUGCUGAGGCAGAGGAAGCUGGACUUUCUGGAUAUUUACAGCGAUGAGAUGAUCAUGGCGGCGAAGGCCAUCGUCGCUCAGGCUGUGGCAGAAAGUGUUUUGCACAUAGAAGAAAUUGACACUGAAGUCGUCACUAAGCUAGCUGACCAGAUGCGUCUGAUGACGUUCCCUCAGUGGUUUGAGGUUCUGAAAAACGUCUUUGAGAGUUUCCUCCUCUUCCUGCAGAGGAUCAAGGCCACUCUGAGCGUGAUCGGAAACGUGGUUCUGGAAGUUCUGGACUCAAAUCAGAAGAACCGGCUCCUGGAGGAGGCGGGUUCAGGUGCUUCAGGUCAGGAAUCUUCCCAGGGCUCAUCGCUCCUGCAGGGCGAGGCCGAGCUGGCCUACCUGACCCACGAGGGUCUGUUCAUCAGCGACGCUCUGAACGAGGCCCAGCAGCAGCAGCAGGCCGCGGCCCAGGACCAGAGCUCCGCCGUGGGCUCCAGGGUCCAGCAGGGCCGGGCGGAGGCGGCCGGCUGUGACUCGGCCUCAGAGAGCUUCGUCGGCAGGGACCAGAACUUCAUCUCCAGCGAGAACAUGAUGCCCACUGAGCUGGAGAUGAACCGUGUGAUCAACAACAGCCAGGAGCUGCUGUACACGGCGUCCGACGUCAGCCACGACCGCUGCGUCAAGGUCCUCACCGCCAGAGCAAAGGACGGAUCUCUGGAGCGUCUGAACUCGGCCGAGUUCGUGUGUCUCUCUCAGGCGGUGGAGGCGUUCGUCAGGGACACGGAGGAGCUGUGUGGCAGGCGCAGCGUCUCCCUGAGGGGGGCGCUGCAGAGCCAGGCCAACCGCUUCGUCCACCGCUUCCACGAAGAGCGCAAGACCAAACUCAGCCUCCUCCUGGACAACGAGCGCUGGAAACAGGCGGAGGUUCCCGCCGAGUUUCAGGACCUCGUCAACUCCAUCGCUGACGGCAGGAUAACACUACCAGAGCGCAAAACCCCAGGUCCAGAAGACAGGAAGCCGACAGAGUUUCUGCUGGUCAACGGGCAAAAAUACGCCGUCGUCGGGACGGUUCUGCUGCUGAUCCGGAUGUUUCUGGAGUACUGUCACUGCGUCAACGACAUCCCGUCGAUCGCCACCGACAUGUUGACACGUCUGUCGGAUCUCCUCAAGCACUUCAACUCUCGGAGCUGCCAGCUGGUUCUGGGAGCCGGAGCGCUGCAGGUCGUCGGCCUCAAGACCAUCACCACUAAAAACCUCGCAUUAGCUUCCCGCUGCCUGCAGCUGGUGGUUCACUACAUUCCCAUCAUCAGAGCUCACUUUGAGACCAAGCUGCAGCCCAAACAGUUCAGCGUCCUCAGACACUUCGACCACAUCACCAAGGACUACAACGACCACAUAGCAGAGAUCUCCGCUAAACUGGUGGCCAUCAUGGACAGUCUGUUUGAGAAGGUUUUAUCAAAGUAUGAAGUGAAGGCUCCGAUGCCGUCGGCCUGUUUCAGGAACGUCUGUAAACAGAUGGCGAAGAUGCACGAAGCCAUUUACGAGCUUUUACCUGAAGAACAGACUCAGAUGUUGUUUCUGAGGAUCAACGCCAGUUUUAAAAUGCACCUGAAGAGGCAGCUGGCCCGACUCGGGGUCGUUAACGAUGGAGGACCGCAGCACGGGCUGGUGGUGGUGGACGUCGCCUUCUACACGGAGAACGUUCAGGCGCUGAGGAGCCUCGAGCGGCUCGACCUCAACAUGGCUGAGAUCUGGGAGCAGAAGAGGUGAUGGAGGGGGGGGGCGGAGUCCAGACGUCCAGGACCGACCAA